UUGGUCCUUGACAGACCUCAUAGGCCUUAUUUAAAUUUGUUUUGGAGCACCUCAUUUUAACAUUGUAAUAAGACAAGUCUGAAAAUGGUUGAGCCUAGCGUUUCCCAGAGAAUUAUUAGGGUCUCACCUAGGCUUAGAAGAAAAAAGGUAUUGCUAAAUCAGGAGCUUGCCGAAUAGGGUUGUUGGCUGGUGAAGGGGCUCUACUUCUUCCCUGGCUUUUCCUGAGACUGAUCUCUGCUCCUCUGGGCUCAAAGGAAUAUCCAAGAGUGCCUGACAAUCAGCCUAGGUAGGGCGGUGGGUAGCUAAGAUGGAAGUAAAAAGAUCUGCAUAUGUUUUAGGUUCUUUCCACAAGGGGGAGAUUGUUUUCUCCUAUUGAACAAAUCAGAUGUAGAGAAUGGAGUCUGUACCCAGGCUAAUCCUGGAGUUCUAUUUUCCUCCUACCAGGUAGUAACCUGUCUUAGUGGACACCCUGUUGCCUGUUGCCCUGUUUCAGGGCCUCCACCUAGUUGAAAAGGGUCUUUCAAAAGCUUCCCUGGAGCUAUAUGACCUUGGAGACUCACGUACUUUGGCCAUGUUAUCAGGAGGGAUCAGUCCCUAGAGAAGGACAUCGUGCUUGGUAAAGUAGAUGGUCAGCAAAAAAGAGGAAGACCCUCAACAAGACGGGUUGACACAGUAGCUGCAACAAUGGGCUUAAGCAUAGCAACGAUUGUCAGGCUGUCCCUCCACUGUGCACAGGAUUGCCUGGCAGGUGAAAAGCAGCAGUAGCCCCAGAGGCACAGAGAGAUGGUUUUCAGAAGUGCCCAGCCUCCUUACCUGAACCUGAGCACCCCUUUCCAGGGGACAAUCCUAGGGGGCCUCCAGGAUGGACUUCAGAUCAUCAUCAAGGGGACCGUUCUUUCCUCCGGUGGAUCCAGGUUUGCUGUGAACUUUCAGACCCGUGACAGUGAAAAUGACAUUGCCUUCCAGUUCAACCCUCGGUUUGAAAAGGGCGGGUAUGUGGUCUGCAAUACAAAACAGAAUGGAUCCUGGGGGUCUGAGUUGAAGAGGAUAAAAAUGCCUUUCCGGAAGGGGAAGCCCUUUGAGAUCUGUGUCCUGGUGCAGAUCCUGCAUUUCAAGGUGAUGGUGAACAGGAGCCAUUUUUUGCAGUACUCACACCGCGUGCCCUUUCACUGCGUGGACACCAUUUCCAUCGAAGGUCCUCUGCAGCUAGACUCCAUCGAGUUCCAGCAGAAUGCCACGAUGCCACCUAUGGUGCAUCCCAACCUGACCUAUGCACUGCUGCCAAGCUCAGUGGAUAGCCCAGCUUCAUGGAAAUCUGUACAAAAUUCCCCUCCUGCAGUGCCCGACGUUGGCUCUGACUGCUGCGGGCUGACCUGUCCCCUCCUCCCACAACCGCUGUCUUACUUUAGUACUGCCAUCCCUGGGGGGCUUUGCCCAUCCAAGUCUGUCAUCGUGUCAGGCACUGUCCUGCCCUAUGCGGAGAGUUUUCACAUCAACUUGAGCUCUGGGAGAGACAUCACCUUCCAACUGAAACCCCGCUUCAAUGAGAAUGCCAUGGUCUCCAAAAUCAAGAUCAACAAAUCGUGGAGGUCUAAGAAGCACAGGUUGCCCUUUGAACGCGGCCAGAACUUCUUGGUGCGGAUAGUGUGUGAAAGCGACUGCUUCAAGAUGGCAGUGAAUGGCCAGCGCGUGGGUAGAUAUGACCACUCCCUGAAAAACCUGUCAGCCAUCAACAAACUGGAAGUGGCAGGCGACAUCCAGUUGACCAUCAUGCAGGCAUAGGAAGACCCUGGGCCCUUGGCUAGUGGGCUGGGGCGCAUUCCUGUGUAGAUUUCCUCGUUGCUCAACUCCACCACCCCAGCCCCAGCCCCAGGUCAGCUCCUUCCAUCCAGCCUAUGACCUGGGGCCUUUUCGGGGAGACCAUGCCUUGUCUGGCCCUGCUUCAGGCAGCAGCCAGCCUGGAGGAGGAACCCAGCUUCCUCAGUCUGCAGUGCCUGUGGCUCCAGCUGCCAAAUCCUACCAUCCAAUGAGAGGGGCGCAGCUGGGGGCCCUCUGUGCAAGCUGAGGCCCCGUGGUCUGUCCGUCAGCAGGGAGGGAGAGUCCUGAGCCUUCCCAAGCUCCCCACUCCACACAGGCCUGAGCCUCCUCCUCUUGUUCUCAACCACAUCCAGCCCCCCAUUCCACUCCUUCCCAACCCCCAAGCCAUCAGCUGUGCACUCCAGGUGGAAGGUGAUUUCAGCUCCUCCCUCUCUCUGACCUUUCGCCUAUACCCUCACCCUGCAUCAAUACUACACCCCCUCCAGGAAACCUACCCUGGUGACACCCCACUAACCUCCCCGCAACUGACCUGACCUUUCCCAGUGUCACUGAAAUAAAUAAAAAGGCAUUCUAGAAGGCAUGAAAUUCUGUAAGGGAAUUAAAGAAGAAGAAGAAAAAAAAAAGUUGAGGCACCUGAUAAGAUCUGAAAUUGCCAUUUUAAGGACUGAGUGUGAUUUCUUGUUUGCUGGUUCUGUUUUCACCCUGGCAGCAGCCAUCUUCCGUACUGUUUCUAAGACAAAUGUCCAGUAUGAUGAUGCACCUACACAUCGUCCCCUCCCUGUCAUAUACCCAUGUAAUCGCCACAUUGAAACCAAUCUAAGAGAGAGACAUAUAAUACCCUUUUCAGGCAAUCGACUUACAGAGCUUGCCAGUGGAUCCCCGAGGUGGGGGGCAGCUUUGGCCUUGAGCCCUGAGAAUUCCAACCCAAAAGGCCAUCACUCCAUUGAUGGUGAGGGAUUCAGGAAGUACCGUCCCUCACCACUGACAGUUCUGAAUCAUAAUAGCAUGUGAGAAUCUUUGCCCUAAAUAACCCUUUCUGGCAGUUCCUCUAUUUUCAAUCUUCAAAUCGGUCCUCCAGGCCUAACCUAGGAGAUGAGGUGGGAAGGGAAUAAACACUUAUGGAAGACGGAAACUCCUACUAUUUACCAGGUUGGCACUGUGAUUGAGGCUUAUAUUCCUUUUCAAACACCCGUUAUUAUCCCCAUUGUACAGGCUAAGAGAGGUUAAGUAACUUGGUAGAUGCUGGAUUCUCACCCAGGUCUUUUGAGAUGAACGAGCAGCAUAGUUCAAUAGCUGAGCAAGGGGCUUCAGGCCCUGCACUACAUGGGUUUGAAUCUCAGCUCGAUUCCAUACUGUGUGCUGGGCCUUCUUUAAAACAGUGCAGGGCUCAGGGCCACCCAAAGACUAUGGGGCCAUCUAAGACAACUGCCCAGUGUCAGCAUUUUUCAUGGGCCCCAUGAGAGAGCAGUGAAGAUAAAUUUCUAAACUGAAAUUUAUUGAUGCUCAGAAAAGAGAAGUAAGUUACAGCCCUCCCUGGUCCCCUGGCCCCAGCCAUAGGGCUCAGGAGGUGUGACCUCAGGCAAGUUCCAAAAACUCUCUGAACUUCAGUUACUCAGCAGCAUUGUUGUUAGGUGUUGUUGAAUCAGUUCUGACCGUAUGUAGGACAGAAUGAAACACUGCCCAGUCCUGUGCCACCCUCACAAUCCUUGCUAUAUUUGAGUCCAUUGUUGCAGCCAGUGUGUCAAUCCAUCUCUUUGAGGGUCUUCCUCUUUUUAGAUGACUCUCUACUUUAUCAAGCAUGAUGUCUUUCUCCAGGGACUGAAAGCUCCUGAUAACAUGUCCAAAGUAUGUGAGACAUAGUCUCGCUGACCUUGUUUCCCAGGAGCACUCUGGCUGUACUUCUUCCAAGACAGGCUUGUUUCUUUUUUGGCAGUUCAUGGUAUAUUCGGUAUUCUUCACCAACACAAUAAUUCAAAGGUAUCAAUUCUUCAGUCUUCCUUAUUUAUUGUCCAGCUUCGAAUGCAUAUGAGGUGAUUGAUAAUAUCAUGGCUUGGGUCAGGUGCUCCUUAGUACUCAAAGUGACAUCUUUGCUUUUUAACGCUUUAAAGAGGUCUUUUGCAGAGAUUUGCCCAAUACAAUGCAUCGUUUGAUUUCCUGAUUGCUGUUUCCAUGAGCGUUGAUUGUGGAUCCAAGCAAAAUGAAAUCCCUGACAAUUUCAAUCCUUUCUCUGUUUACCAUGAUGUUGCUCAUCGGUCCAGUUGUGAGAAUUUUUGUUUUCUUUAUGUUGAGUUGUAAUCCAUACUGAAGGCUGUAGUCUUUGAUCUCCAUCGGAAAAUGCUUCAAGUUCUUUUCACUUUCAGCAAGCAAGGUUGUGUCAUCCGCGUAUCACAGAUUGUUAAUGCAUCUUCCUGCAAUCCUGAUGCCCUGUUCUUCUUCAUACAGUCCAGUUUCUCAGAUUAUUUGCUCAGCAUACAGAUUGAAUAAGUAUGGUGAAAGGAUACAACCUUGACACACACUUUUUCUGAUUUUAAACCAUGCAGUAUCCUUUGUUCUGUUCAAACAGUUGCCUCUUGGUCUAUGUACAGGCUUCACACAAGCACAAUGAAGUGUUCUGGAUCUCCCUUUCUUCCCAAUGUUAUCCAAAAUUUGUUAAGAUCCACACAGUCAGAUGCUUUGCAUAGUCAAUAAAACACAAGUAAACAUCUUUCUGGUAUUCUCUGCUUUCAGCCAAGAUACAUCUGACAUCAGCAAUGAUAGCCCUUGUUUCAUGUCCUCUUCUGAAUCCAGCUUGAAUUUCUGGUCACUGGACUGCUGCAAUCAUUUUUUUAGAUUAUCUUCAGCAAAAAUUUUACUUGCAUGUGAUAUUAAUGAUAUUGUUUGAUAAUUUCUGGAUUCUGUUGGAUCAUCUUUCUUUGGAAUGGGCACAAAUAUUGGCCAGGUAACUGUCUUCCAAAUUUCUUGGCAUAGCGAGCACCCCCAGUGCUGUACUGAAAUAUUUCAAUUGAUAUUCUGUCAAUUCCUGGAGACUUCCUGUUUUUUGCCCAUGCCUUCAGGGCAGGUUGGACUUCUUCCUUCAGUACCACUGGUUCUUGAUCAUGUGCUUCCUCCUGAAAUGGUUGAAUGUCAACCAAUUAUUUUUGGUACAGCGACUCUUUAUAUUACUUCCAUCUUCUUUUGAUGCAUCGUUCAAUAUUUUGCCCAUAGAAUCCUUCAAAAUUGCAACUCGAGGAUUGAAUUUUUACUUCGGUUCUUUCAGCUUGAGAAACGCCCAGAGUGUCUUCCCUUUUGUUUUUCUAACUCCAGGUCUUUGCACAUGUCAUAACACUUUCUUCUUGAGUGACCUUCGAAAUCUUCUCUUCAGCUUUUCCAUCGUCAUUUCUUCCAUUCACUUUAUCUACUCUGUUUUCAAGAGCAAGUUUCAGAAUCUCUUCUGGCAUCCGUUUUGGUCUUUUCUAUCUUUGUUGUCUUCUUAAUGACCUUUUGCUUUAUUUAUGCAUGAUGUUCUUGAUGUCAUUCCACAACUCGUCUGAUCUUCAGUUAUUAGUGUUCGUCAAAUCUAUCCUUGAGAUGGUCUCCAAAUUCAGGUAGGAUAUACUCAAGAUCAUAUUUUGGUUCUCUUGGACUUGCUCCAAUUUUCUUCAGCUUCAUCUUGGACUUCCAUAUGAGCAAUUGAUGGUCUGUUCCACAGUUGGCCCCUGGUUUUGUUCUGACUGAUGAUAUUGAGCUUUUCCAUCGUCUCUUUCCAAUGCACCUGUCAGUUUGUCAUAGUGUGGUGGCUUGCGUGUUGCUGUGAUGCUGGGAGCUAUGCCACCAGUAUUUCAAAUACCAGCAGGGUUGUCCAUGGUAGACAAGUUUCAGUGGAGCUUCCAGACUGAGAUAGCCUAGGAAGAAGGAUCAGGUGGUCUAUUUCUGAAAAACUUGACCAGUGAAAACCUUAUGAAUAGCAUAGGAACAUUGUCUGAUAUAGCACUGGAAGAUGAGCCCCUCAGGUUGGAAGGCCCUCAAAAUGUGACAGGGGAAGAGCUGCCUCUUCAAAGUAGAGUCCACCUUAACGAUGAGGAUGGAGAAAGCUUUCAGGGCCUUCAUUUGCUGAUGUGGCAUGAUUCAAAAUGAGAAGAAACAGCUGCAAACAUCCAUUAAUAAUCAGAACAUGGAAUGUAUGAAGUAUGAAUCUAGGAAAAUUGGAGGUUGUCAAAAAUUAAAUGGAAUGCAUAAAGUCCUAGGCAUUAGUGAGCUGAAAUGGACUGGUACUGGACAUUUUGAAUCAGACAAUCAUGUGGUCUAUUAUGCUAGGAAGGACAAAUUGAAGAGGAAUAAGAUGGCAUUCAUUGUCGAAAAGAACAUUUCAAGAUCUGUCCUGAAGUACAACGCUGUCAGUGAUAGGAUAAUAUCCAUACACCUACAAGGAAGACCAGUUAAUGCAACUACUAUUUAAAUUUAUGCACCAACCACUACCGCCAAAGAUGAGGAAAUUGAUGGCUUUUAGCAGCUUCUGCAGUCUGAAAUUGAUCAAACAUGCAAUCAAGAUGCAUUGAUAACUGCUAGUGAUUGGAAUGCGCAAGUUGGAAACAAAGAAGGAUUGGUUGUUAGAAAAUAUGGCCUUGGUGAUAGAAACGACACCGGAGAUCACAUAAUAGAAUUUUGCAAGGCCAACGACUUCUGCAUUGCAAAAUACCUUUUCAACAAUAUAAAUGGUGCCUAUACACGUCAUUGUCUUUUUCCACAGAUGUAGUCAAUUCCUGAGUUUUC